UUGAUUUUGAUUACUUGUAAAUAGAGGUUAUGGUGAUUCAUGUAAAGUAACUUUAAGAUAAUAAAGUUUUAUUUAUACUUUUGCACUCAGAGUUUUUAAAUAAUGUUAAAUAAGUGAUAAAUCGACAGACCGCAGCGAUGAAUAUAAAAAUUACCAAGCUGUUGUUACUCAUUGUUGUAAUAAUUCUGUUAUAUAAGACUUUGCAUUACUUGCAAUCGAAUAACGAAGAAAAAUAUCUAGAAGAGCCAAUUAAUGACAAGAUCAAACUGUCCGUAUAUUACGAGGCGCUGUGUCCUGACUCCAGGUUUUUUAUAGCAUAUCAAUUACUUCCCACAUACAAGAAUUUUCAAGAGUACGUUAAUUUGGAUUUAAUACCCUACGGAAAAGCACAGACGAUAGAAACAGACGGGCAGAUAGAAUUCCAAUGCCAACAUGAUGCAGUCGAAUGUUUCGCAAAUAAAAUCCAUUCUUGCUCGAUAUUCUUGAUAAGUGAUCCGCUUCUUCAGUUGGAAUACAUAUCGUGUAUGAUAAAAGAUAAUACUAUACCAGACGAUGCAGGUGAAAGGUGUGCCAAAGAAUUCGAAGAUAUUAAAUAUAACGCGAUAUCCGAGUGUGCCAAUGGCGCGAAAGGUACGAUAUUGUUGAAGGAGAACGGAGAGAGGACGCAUUCUUUGAAACCAGCGGUUACCUUUAUACCAACUAUAGAAUUAAAUGGUAACCAGAAUUUAGUGUCGCAGGCUUUGAUAUUAAAGGAUUUGAAGAAAGCUCUUUGUUUAACACUCAAAAACAAUCCAUCAGUAUGUACUUAAAGUAUGUAUCCAUGCAUUUCUAGCAUCACUAGUCAAGACUGUAAUUUUUUUGGAUACCUAGGUUUUUGUUAAAUAAAUAACAUUUUCGCAGAUUUAUUUUUGUAUUUAUGUAGCAGCUAUUUGUAUUUUAAUUUUGAAAAAUAAAUUGGAUGUACA